AUGUCACUAGUUGUUCUAAGAGUAAAGCGAAGACUAGAAGAAGAAUCCCUUCCUGAACUGCGAGUUGCAUACAAGAAGAAGCGAGUUGAAACAGAACCUUUCUUGGUAGACGCUUCUAAUGGCUGCUCGGAAACGGUGUUCAGUUUGGCUGGGUCGGUGGUCUCUGGUAGUUCGCAGCCGCUGCGAGAUCAGAUAAAGUCGGUUCUACCGCCCGAACGGAUUUCUGGCCCGGCUUCCGUUUCUACGGUGGUGGUUGCUAACCUUGUGCCCAGAAGAGGGGAUGAUGGUAAUGACUGCUAUUUAUUUUCGAAGAACGAAGUGACGAUGACGCCAAUUGAACAAGAAGCUGCUGUGAAUUGUGGUUCUUUACCUGGGUUUUCGGAAGAUAUUUUCAUGAACGGAAGGAUGCAUAAUGAAGAUCAUUGUGCACCUUUUGAGGAACACCAAGAUGCACCCAUUCUAUGCAACGACCAGCUUUUGCUAAGAGUUAGAAAUCUGCUACGUAAACUUCCGAUCGGUGACGACGAAAAAAUGGAUAAUAGCGAGCUCAAUUACGCCUACGAUUUCUACGUUUCUAAGCACUCCGAAAACAUAAGAGAGCCAUUGGAAGACGGGGUGGAUGAGCUGAGCGAAUCGGCGGAUUUUCUGGGCGAAAUGAUUUCGAUCAAUGACAGGAAUCUGCUGCUUUUCGACAUCGAAAACGACGAUUCAGAGUGCGAUUUUUCCGGUAGUGACGAAAGCAACAGAACUAUAGACUAUCCGGAUGAAGAGAGUAUUGAAGGGGAAGAUUCAUCGAGCUGUUUUUCUGACUAUAAUUAA